AUGGCGACGUCUUCGCGACCGCAGGCGGCGGCGGCGACUUCGCGCGCGGAUUAUAUGAACGGACCCCUAUAUAAGCAAAGGCACAACAUCGUCCUCGUUAGGAGAGCGAGGAGGAAGGACGAGGGCAGCUUCAGGUUGCUCGCGCGACUCUUCAUCGAGAACCAGAUUGGGCUUGCCUUCAACCUAAUUGCUUUGCUUCUCCUUGCGCAUGCCUUCAUCCCCAAGGCCAGGCCUGUCACUGGCAAAUUCUUCACCUACUCCUACCACAACCCCACGACAGGCAAAUACGGCGUCGGCUACGACGAUGGCUACUUCAUCACAUUCUGCAUCAUCCUCUUCACUGGUCUCCGCGCGAGCACAAUGGACGAGCAGGCUUGGCUCUUGGUGUAUUAUACCAUCUUCUGGCCCCUCGGCCUGUACAUCUAUUACAACUCCGAUUACUGGCUCAACCUACGAGGUCUCUGGGCCAACUGGCCUCAAAGGGAGCUUACCGGGUUGGUUAAGGGAUAUGUGCUCGCCCAAUGGGCCUUUUGGUUGCAGCAGAUCCUCGUCAUCUACAUGGAAGAGCGUCGCAAGGACCACUACCAGAUGCUAACCCACCACAUCAUCACUAUUGGCUUGCUGUCGUCCUGCUACUUCUACCACCACACUCGUGUCGGCAAUCUUGUUCUUGUUCUCAUGGACGUUGUCGAUAUCUUUCUUCCUCUCGCCAAGUGCCUCAAGUAUACGGGUUACACGACGAUAUGCGACGUUAUCUUCGGUGUGUUCAUGGUCUCUUGGGUUUUCGCCCGCCACAUCUUCUACCUGAUGGUCUGCUGGUCCAUCUACGCCCAUACCCCUGAGAUGAUCUCGGGUGGCCGCAUUUGCUUCACAUCUACCGUCAUGCGGUCCUUCCUCGGCUCCCUACUUGCCCUGCAAGUCCUCACAAUCAUGUGGUUCCUGCUGAUUGUACGUGUUGCCGUUCGCGUCGUCAGUGGUGGUUCGGCCGACGAUAUUCGCAGCGAUGACGAGGGCGAGAACGAGGAAGAAGAUGAUGCCGAGGAGGAAGUUGUCGAGGCCCUUGAAGAGGAGGUCGGCGUUGAAGACAUUGACUUGAAGAACUGGGAGAGAAGGGCAGGCGUCAAGCGGACUGCCACCACAUCAGGUGUUAGCCUACCCGGCCACAGCGACAGGAAGGAGCUGUUGGGCAGGAUUGGUUGUGAGAAGCAAGUCGACUGA